AGAAGAAAAUCAGCAGAGAGCAGAGAAGAGUGAGAGGAGUACUGCACUUGCUCCCCAGCUCAAGACCAGCACAGGAAUUAAAGCAAAAGGGGGGAGGACAGAUUGAGCACCAAUUAAAGGCAGGCAGCUGGAGCAAUCGGCCAUGGCCUGCCAUCUCCUUCCUUGCUAUCUUUAGCCGCUGCUCGCAUUGCUUGUGGACGCAGGGGGGGUGGAAGCUGAUCGCCCGGGGAGCCAGAACACAACACAAGAGAGCAGAGGAGGAGAGAGAGAGAGAGAGAGGAGACGGACAACCUCCCGUCGUCUCCUUCCCUCCUCUGUGUUCUUGCUCCUCCUCCUCUGUUCCCGGUCUCCCGCCUCCGUGGAGCCGUAAGCGCGUUGCUUGGCCCGCCGUCGUUCCGCGGCGGGGGCGGGGGCGGGCGGCAGACAUGGGGUGCGCGGCGUCGAGGCACGGGGCGGUGUCCUCGCCGUCGUACGACGUGUCGUCGUGCUCCUACAACAUGUCCCGCAGCGCGUCGGCGUCGGCGGACCUGGGAGGCUCGUCGUCGGCGCUGUCGAUAUGGAGCCGCCGGCCCGUGCGGCUGGAGGCGUUCGACAACGACGCCGACGACAACGAGCGGCGGCGGCGGUCGGGGAGGGAGGCCGCGGCUGCUGCUGCUGCUGCGGUGACAGCCACGGCGGUGCCCACGGUGCGGCUGGGGAACGUCCGGCGGUGCCUGGAGGGCGAGCAGGCGGCGGCCGGGUGGCCGUCGUGGCUGAGCGCGGUGGCCGCCGAGGCCGUGCACGGGUGGGUGCCGCUCCGCGCCGACAGCUUCGAGAAGCUGGAGAAGGUCGGGCAGGGCACGUACAGCAGCGUGUUCCGGGCGCGGGAGCUCGCCACGGGCCGCCUCGUGGCGCUCAAGAAGGUCCGGUUCGACAGCGUGGAGCCCGAGAGCGUGCGGUUCAUGGCGCGGGAGAUCCUCAUCCUCCGCCGCCUCCGCGGCCACCCCAACGUCGUCGGACUCGAGGGACUCAUCACCUCCCGCUCCUCCUCCUCCAUCUACCUCGUCUUCGAGUACCUCGAGCACGACCUCGCCGGUCUCAACUCCUCCGCCGACAUCACCUUCACCGAGCCCCAGAUCAAGUGCUACAUGCGGCAGCUGCUGGAGGGGCUGGCGCACUGCCACGCGCGCGGGGUGAUGCACCGGGACAUCAAGUGCGCCAACCUACUGGUGAGCAACGGCGGCGAGCUCAAGGUGGCGGACUUCGGGCUGGCGAACCUCUUCACGCCGGCGUCGACGGCGCCGCUCACCAGCCGGGUGGUCACGCUCUGGUACCGCCCGCCGGAGCUGCUCCUGGGCGCCACGGCGUACGAGCCCACCGUCGACCUCUGGAGCGCCGGCUGCGUGUUCGCCGAGAUGCACGCGCGCCGCCCCGUCCUGCAGGGACGCACCGAGGUGGAGCAGAUCCACAAGAUCUUCAAGCUCUGCGGCUCGCCGCCCGACGACUUCUGGCGCCGCUCGGGGAUCUCCCACGCCGCCGUCUUCCGCCCGCAGCAACCGUACCCGAGCCGACUCCGGGACACCUUCGCCGCGUCCAUGCCUGACCACGCGUUCCGCCUCCUCGCCACGCUCCUCUCCCUCGACCCCGCCGCCCGCGGCACCGCCGCCGCCGCCCUCGACUCCGAGUACUUCACGACGGCGCCGUACGCGUGCUCGCCGGCGAGCCUGCCCAAGUACGCGCCCAACAAGGAGAUGGACGCCAAGUUCCGGGAAGAAUCUAGAAGGAGGAGCAACCUCCGGAGCCAAGGCGGCGAGGCGGCGAGGCGGAUGUCGAGGGGGCACAAGAGCAUGCAGCUGCAGGACACGAACCAGAGCCAUGUCCACGCCGAGGAAUCGCUGCCCGUUGUGGCCGAGAACGGCGCGGCGGUGGCGAGGAACGACGGCGGCGAGUCGCGGCUGUUCGUCGACCUGGAGCCCGUGCCGGCGAUCAGCAAGCGGCCCGACGACGGAGACCACGCGGCGCCGUGCGCCAGGACCAUGUCCACCAGCUUCAAGGAGCCGCCCCGUAACGCCGACCGCGUCCCUCUGUCCGGCCCCGUGCAGCUCGCCGCGUCCACCGGCUUCGCCUGGGCCAAGAAGCCCCGGCCCGACGCCGCCGCUGUGACGAAGCGGAGUGGCUCCAAGGAAACAGGGGCCAACAACAACAGCAACGGAGGAGACGGAGCAAGAACCACCUCGACCACCGCCGCCGCAGCACCAGCAGCGGCGGCGGCACCAUACGAGGUGGAGAAGCAGGAGAUGAUCAAGCAAUGGGCACAGGUCGCUGACGCCUUCAGCGCCUCUGAAGCUUACAACAGCAGGUUCAGGCAGACACUUGAUGCCAAGCAGCUCAAGACUGGCAAGAUGUACAAGGGGAAGGUGAACAGGGUGGACUACUCAGGGCCGCUGCUGUCACAGCCCCGGCGCAUCGACGAGCUCCUGCACAACCACGAGCAGCAGAUCCGGCAAGCUGGUCGCCGGUCAUGGUUCAAGAAAGGCAGCAAGAAGGAGCAGCCCUGAUGGCAGAGACACGGCAUGAUCACAAUUAAACGGCCAUCAGAUUUGUAGGUACUUACCACAGAGCAAGAGAAGAUGCUGCAAGCAGAUCAAAGGAGUUGGACCAUGAGCUAGCUUUCCUGAUGAGCAGGUGUUUUUUUUUUCAGGGCUGGACAGACAGACAGACAGUCAGCCAGCCUCAUGCCAUCAGGGAAGAGCUCAGAUGGAAGCUGUUGUGUAGUGGUUUUUCAGGUUUCAUGCAACCAGAUUUUGCUCUACUUGAACUAGACGACGUGUUGUUGUACAAGAUCUUUUUUGUGCUCGCUUGUGAUGAUAAUAUGAAUGGGAAGCUCCAAAAUGUGGUUUCCACUAAAUAUAGCAAGAGGUUAUACAAAAGUUGUCAAUGAAA